AUGCCAAGCCAGGCUCUGCUGCUUCUCCUGCUCCUCGGUGAGCUGCUGCUGCAGGCCCAGGGAGGCCACCUGAAACUGAAGAUGAUGCAGAGUGCAAAAGCCUGUCAAAAGAAGCCCAGCGUGGAUCUUUGCAGCAAUCACUGUUCAUAUUUUCUAAAGUGUCCAGAAGAAAAUACUGUAUGCUGUCCAGCUUACUGUGGGAAUGUUUGCAUGAGCCUCCAGUGA